AUGCAUCUCCUCGGGCUCGCUGUAGCAAUCAUCUCGUUCGCCUCGCAGCUGCUCUCUGUAGUCGCGUUUACGAACCCGAUUAAGGAUCCCAAUGGCUCCGACCCGUUCAUGGUCUAUCAUGAGGGUUAUUACUACCUGAUGUCAACGACGUGGUCCAACCUGCAGAUCUCUCGUGGCGCGACGAUCCAGGAAUUGAAGGACUCGACGCCAAAGGUGAUCUGGACGGACACGAACGCGGAUCGCUGCUGCAACGUCUGGGCUCCGGAGAUUCACUGGUCAGACGUCUAUCUAUUGAUGCCCGACGAAGGCGCUUGGUUCAUGUACGCGAUUCUGCUCCUAUAUCCAAGCUACUACUCUGCCGGCACUUCAGGCACCCUCGACAACCAGAAGCUGCACGUCCUCAAGGGCUCCUCCAACAUCAUCUGGGACUCGGAAUGGAGCUACGCUGGCCGCAUCGUCAUUCCGAACCGUGACGUCUGGGCUAUCGACGGCACGGUUCUCGUCUACGGCGACAAUCGGUACCUUGUGUACUCGAGCUGGGAUGGGGAUUAUCAGUGCCUCUGGAUUAGUCAAAUGACGAGCGCGACUGAGGUUGGCAACACGGUCAAGAUCGCGACGCCUACGUACGAUUGGGAGAAGGUUGGGACGUAUGUCAACGAGGGACCUGCUGGUCUCUACCACGGCGGGCGCACCUUCAUCGUCUUCUCCGCGUCCAGCUGCAAUGGUGACGGCUAUAAGCUCGGCCUCCUCGAGCUCACUGGCAGCGAUCCCCUCAACGCUUCGUCGUGGACCAAGUCCUCGGAGCCCAUCUUCACCUCUGCGAAUGGCAACUACCAGCCCGGUCAUAACGGCUUCUUCCUGAGUGCUUCAGGGGACCAGACCUGGAACGUCUACCAUGCUUCGCCUUCCUCCCCGGGCGCGUGCGAUGGGAGUCGGUAUACGAAUGUACAACAGGUUAGCUUCGACUCGAACAGCUACCCUAACCUGGGUUCGCCGCUGGCUCUGUCGAGCGAGAUCGCAGACCCCGUCUGAUUGCAUUUUCUUCAAAGAGCUCAGUCAUGCACGGAAAUCGCAGACCUCAAGUAGCACUGUACAUCAAAACAAUUGAGACACUGAUGUUUUUAACAACAACGUCGAAGUUCGCGUCAGGGCAUUCUAAGCAUAUGAACUACCUCUUAACAACAACACGAUAUAAAUAAGAUCGUCCACAGAGCCGCCUUGCCAGAUGCAAAAGAAUGACUGUGUGUACAACAGGGGUACAACCAGACGAUGACGAGCCCUAGGGCCGCUUAUCGCAGUGUAUGACCGCACACUACUGCUGGAGCUCGCCAUCGUAGACGAAGCCAGCAGCUCGCUGUGUGUUGAU